CGGGCACCCCUGACAGACCCCGCGGUGCCUCGGGGACGGGCACAGCCGGGAGGGGACGCGGGGCUCAGGCGCGGCCCCAAAGGGGGACGCACACGGGCUCUCCUCCGUCCGCACCUGCCUCGGGAGGAUGAGCGCGCCGGAGUUCUUGGAAGCUCUUCCAAGGCAUCCCCGUUACUUUGCUUUGAAUGGGGAGCAAACCCCAGCUGGGAAUUGUCACUACAAAAUAGCAAAUUUGGGUAAAGCAGGAAGGGAUCUCCCUCAAGAAGCGCUCACGCUUUGUUUGGUGCAUCUCUUCUGUGCAUCUCUCCUGUUCCUCUUCCGUGGUUAAAGGUCUCCAGCCCCGCACGGAAGCAAAGGACGGUCUGCUCUCUCAUGCCUCGCCUCGCUGCUGUGCCCCGGUAGUCGCUGCUCCCGCAGGAUGGCAGCGGCCUCGUUCCGCUACGGGCUGACCAUCGCGGGCGCCGUGCUGCUGGUCACGGGCACGCUCUGCUUCGCCUGGUGGAGCGACGGCGAGGUGGGCUCGGCCGGCGGGGCUCGGCUGCUGCCGCCCCGGGAUGCCGAGGCCGUGCCCUCCUCCUCCUCCUCGUCCAGCGCCCUGCUGCGCUCCGUCAGCUUCUUCUGCUGCGGCAUCGGCGGCAUCCUGCUCAUCUUCGGCCUCCUGUGGUCCGUCAAGGCCAACGCCAGGGUGGUGUCCCGGCGCUACCAGUACCAUUUCCCCCGGGACCUGCAGUACUUCACGGCGGAGCCCGCGGAGAAGUGGAACUGCAGCUCCUGGGACUCCAGCGCCAUCCCCACCUAUGAAGAAGCCCUGACCUGCAGACCAGCCCAGGCUGCCCCGGCCUUUGUGCAGCCGCCGGGGCGGAAGGAGGAGCCCACGCCGCCCCUGUACCGCUACCUGGAGGACGAGGAGGAGGAGGAGGGCUGGCAGGGCGGGCGGCGGCGCAGCUCCUCGGACAGCGCCCUGUUCCGCCCCAGCCCGUCCUGGCUGGAGCCGGCACAGCCCCCGGAGCCGCAGGGAACGCCGCCCCCGAGCUACGAGAACAUCAUCGAGAGCAGCAUCGAGAGCAGCAUCAGGAACGGCAUCGGGAACACCAUCGGGAACAGCACCGUGCGGGGGCUUUGAGCCCGCCUGCCCGGCCGGGACUCUGCCGGGGCUGCCCGGCCCCCCAGCUGUACACGGAGCCCCAAACCCCGGGAUGGGGCACAGGAGGGUGGGCGAGCACUGGGGAGGCUCAGCCCGGCUCUCCCGGCUCUUUGGUGCUGGAAGAUGUGUUCAGAGCAUCGGGGGUAGCUGGCAUGUUUGAAAGCUUUAGUAUUUUUAAUAAAAGCACUGCUGGUUUCA